UUCCCGGAGUCAGACCCGUCAGGAAAACACCAAGCCCAAACAGCUUUAAGCAUGGCACCGAACGUGGAGAGGAUUCUCCAGUGCAUCGACCGAGGGGACCAGGAGAGUGUCCAGACGCAGCUGGCCAGCUACAACACCGUGUACGCAGAGUGCUUCUUCUUCAACGUGGAGGAGUGGGAGAGACGAAAGAGGCUGGCGGCGGCCUUGCUGUGCUUCAUCGGCAAGCAGCCGCUGCGGCCGGGGGUGCUGUCGGCGUGCCUGCGCACCCUGCGCAUCCUGUCCCGCGACCGGCAGGCCCUGGGGCCCCUGGUCACCGACGGGGCCCUGCUCACGCUGGCCGGCCACGGCGGCAUCUGCUGCGCCGCCCCCGUCCACGAGGAGGAGGAGGAGGGGGAGGGGGUGUGCCGGAAGGAGGCCAUGAAGACCCUGUGCAACGUCAUCUACAACAGCCCCGAGGCGCAGGACAGGGCCAGCGCGCUCAGGCUUCUCCCAGGGCUGUCCCAGAGGCUGAAGCUGGAGAUCCACACCGGGGAGCCCACGAUUGUGCAGUUCUAUGAGCUGAGGCUGCUCUUUCUGUUGACGGCCCUGAGGCCUGAGCUCAGGAAACAACUGCAGCAGGAGCAGGGAGUGGCUAUGCUAACGGCGGGCCUGAAGCAGUGUCUGGCCGUCCGGCGGGGUGAAGACCACGACGAAGAGCUGGGUGAGCCCGGCCGGACGCCCCCCCCGGUGCCCAGGGAGGCCUCGGAGCGCGCCAUCGAGAUCCUGAAGACCCUCUUCAACAUCACCUACUCCUCCCGCCGCCAGCAGCCCGACGAGGAGGAGGCUGCUCUCUAUCGCCACCUGGCGGACAUUCUCCGGCACUGCCUUCUGCUGUCCUACGAGGACGAAGACCAUUCAGAGGAGGUCCAAGGGCACACGGUGAACGUGCUGUCUGCCCUGCCCCUGCAGUGCCUGGACGUCCUGCUGUCGGGGUCCCCGGGCGAGGAGGUGGGGGUCAACAUGGACUGUGUCCAAGAGCUGCUGCUCUUCAUGGAGAAACGCAUCGAGCGGGGCCAGAAGCUGAAGGAGAAGCUCACGCCGGUGCUGAACCUGCUGACGGAGAGCUGCCGAGGGCACAGGGAGACCAGACACUACCUCCGUCACCAGAUCCUGCCCCCGCUGCGCGACGUGGCCCUCCGGCCCGAGCAGGGGCCCACCCUGAGGGGCCGGUUGGUGCGCCUCAUGACCCACAUGGACACGGAGGUGAAGCACUGCGCGGCAGAGCUGCUGUUCGUCCUCUGCAAGGAGAACGUGAACCGCUUCGUGAAGUACACGGGGUACGGCAACGCGGCCGGGCUGCUGGCGGCGCGGGGGCUCCUGGGGGGCCGGCCGGGGGCGGACCCGGGGGGGCCGCAGUACUCCAGCGACUCGGACUCGGACACGGAGGAGUACCGCGCGGCCAAGAGCCGCAUCAACCCGGUGACGGGCCGCGUGGAGGCGGAGCAGCCCGACCCCAUGAGGGGCAUGACGGAGGCGGAGAAGGAGCGCGAGGCGCGCCACCUCAUCGGCCUCUUCAACCGCCUCUCCCGGGAACAGAUCAUCCAGCCAAUGGGAAUGAUGACGGAUGGGAGACUAGCGCCCAUGUGUGGUCAGAUCAGGAGCGGCACCGUGGAGGAAGAGGAGGAGGAAGAGGAAGGGGAGGAUGAAGAGUACAUAGAUCAGUAGCAUUAGAGAGGAAGAGGAAGAGGACUGUUGGGGAAGUUAAAACUGGUUGCAAACUAUGUCAAAAUAAAUUCCCGAAAACAGACAGACAAAGAAACAGACAGCAAGUAAGACAACAGUAACAAAUGACAGAAAGAGAGAGAAAUACAGCAGA